GAUGUUGGAGGGUAACUGAUGAAGGAAUAAAUAGGGUGGUCGAAUACUGUCGUAAUCUGCGCGUGCUCAAUGUAAAGGAUUGUCGUGAUGUAACAGAACAGUACCUUUGUAAGCUCUUUGUUCGAGGAAUUUGGGUUAUCUCUGACUAUUCCCUUGCUCAGAUGGUCAGCAGAAGAAAACGAGUCAACAAUCUUGGCCUCAAUAUACAAAUAUAGUUGAUGUGAAUGUACUGCAUAUUUUAGGUGUAUACUGUAUAUAUUUUAUAGACAAAUUAUAUCAUUACCUAAAAAGAGACAGGUACAGGGAGCAGGAUGGUGAUAUAAAUCUGCAACAUUUUAUACUCAUAAAGAUAUUUUCUGUAGUGCUGUGUGAAUGCUUUAGCUUUUAUAACAGGUACAUGAUAUUGUUUUCCCCUAGGGCCAUCCAACUGGGAAAGCAUAUAGCAACUCUUACUUACUUCUUUGGAUGAUGAAUUAAGCAUUUUUGAACAGUUACCGACUUAGUUCAAUCCACUCAGUGUACUAUAUUAUCCACAGGAAUGUGCUCAAACUUUUUCUUAAAUUAGGGAAAAAUAUAACAAAAAUGUUUCCAAAAAUCAUAAAAGAGAUCAGAGAAGUUCCUUGGUGACUAGUCACUUAUGGAGCCAGCUUUGUGUAAACAAAAUUAAUAAAGUUAAAUAACAGUGGAAUGGGCAUUUAUGUAAAUGCCCCACACCAUUUUUUUUUUUUUUUUUUUUUUUUUUUUUUUUUUUUUUUUCUGCCACAUCAACAUCUAUGGUCAUUAGUGGCGUAUACAAAAUAUAGCGAUAGGACAAGGCUUGGGGGUGAAGCCCCCAGUUAAGGAAAGGUCAUACAGCAUCAUGACAAAGUAUUGUGGCAAAAAGGUUCAAAAUUAGUCAACAAUUAGGACAAAUAUGUUAGAUGUCAAAGGUUGUAGAGUUAGUAUGUUAGUCAAAAGGGUAAAGAGGGAAUAGCAGAGUACAAAGGCCAUUCAAGACUAACACUAAGCCAGCCUUUCAUCCUUUCAGCAUGGCUUUCACACUUUAGGAUGUGGACAGAAGGAGAUAAAGAAGAGAAAGAAAAGAAAAUUGGAGAAAAAAAGACCAUGCAAAAUUAGUUAGGGCGAAGGCUAAGGCCCAAGGCAGGGGUGAUCCCCCACAUUGGGUCUCAGUCCUCAUCUCCUAAGCCCCUCCAUGACAACAAUGGGCAUGGGAUGAAUGGGGCCUUAUAUCAUUAGUUGGUUCAUUUAUAAUAACUUGAAAACCAUAAUGUUCAACUUUCAUCAGCUUAGUAUUUUCGUGAAAAUUUUGAUCUGCAAAUCUCAUCCUAUGCAACUGAUAUUUAUGCUCACCAUUUUUGGCAUACUACUUGGUAUUAUGGCCAUCAUAUGACAAACUAUUUAUGCAUAAUGCGUACUUGAUACAAUGCUAAUUUUUCUAGUGACGGUUUGCAAAAUCUAAUUACUUCCUUUAGUAUAAAAGCAGAGAAUGAAGGAUAUAUUUCGCUUUCUCUUACUGUUUUCCUAGUUUUUCACUUUUUUCUUUGACUUUAUUAUUUACUCUUUUUUUGGGAAGUAUAUUCCUCCAAAUAUAGUGUAAUAUAUUGAGUUGUACAAAUAACAACCAUAUUUUAUAGAUCAGGUUUAGUAGAUAAUGUUUCACUGCUCUUCAGAAUCAGGAGGUUAUUAUAUACAUCAUUAGUCUAUUAAUUAAUUUACUCAUUAUUAUUUAUUGAAAAAUUUCAACAUCUAAGGUCAUUAGUGGCAUAUUGGAAAUAUAGUGAUAUGUUGAGGCUUGAGGGUGAUGCCCCUAGGUAAGGAAAGGUCCUACAGAACUAUGAUGCAAUAUUGUGGCAAAAAUGGUUAAAAUUAGCUAAUAGCUAGGACAAAAUAUAUAAGAUGUCAAAGGUUGUAGAGCACUGUAUGUUAGUAUGGUAGUGAAAAGGGUAAAGAGGGAAUAGCAAAGGGAUUAUGAAGGCUGUACAGGACUGACAGAGCCAGUCUCAUCCUUUCAGCAUGACUCACACUUUAGGAUGUGGAGAGAAGAAGGGGAGAAGAAAAGAAGGAAAAGAAAAGGGUUAGAAAAAAAGACCUUACAAAAUUGGUUGAGGUAAGGGCUGAGGUCCAAGGUAGGGGGGAUCCCCUAACUUGGGUAUCAGUCUCCAUCUCCUAAGCACACCCCCCCCCCACAACAACAAUGAUCAAGGGACUGGGGGAGUGGUCAUUUACUUAGUAUUAGUGUAAAUAACUUUUAUUUUUAACCUUUUAAUUGGCCAUUUUUUAUACUUUAGGUACACAAGUUUUGCCAUUUAUUUCUGUUAACACUUUUUGUGCAGUUGUGAAUGUAGGCCUCUUUUUCUUAAUUGUGAGUAAUCUGAAGUUUUGAUUAUUGCUUUUAUUAUGUAUCCCUCGAAUCCCUUGCUCAUAGUUGUCGUGGGGGGGGCUUAGGAGACAAAGACUUAGGUCCAAGGUAAAGGAUUACCCCUACCUUGGAUCUUAGCCCUUGCCGCAACUAAUAUUGCAUGGUCUUUUUUUCUCCCUCUUUUUUUUCUGUCUCUUCUUCAUCCCCUUUUGUCCACAUCCCAAAGUGUGAGAGGAUGAAAGACUGGCUUUGUGUCAGUCCUGAACUGCCUUCAUACUCUAUUUGCUCUUCCUCUUUACCCUUUUCACUACUGUACAGCCUUUUAUAUCUAACAUAUUUUGUCCUUAUUAUAGGUGGUCCCCUAUUUGCAAACACCCAAGUUACGAACUUCGCUACAUAAAACAAAGUUGUCAGAAGCGAGUGAGAGUAGCACGCAUCAUAAACAAUAGCUCUUUCACUGUACCCACACAGUCUCAUUCAAAUGUAUGCUGUGUGCUCUUCAGAAAACUUUGUGAUUGUUUUGCGAAGUCUUUGCCCUUAUUAAGCAUUCAAACAUGUUGGGUGUUAAGCGCAAAAGCAGUGGUGAUGCAGCUGGUAGUGCUAAGAAAUGCCAGGCCAUCACAAUGGAAACAAAAGUGGAUAUCAUGAUAAGAGUGGAGCGCGGUGAGCUGACGGCGGAUGUUGCUCAUUCGUACCAGAUGAAUCGUUCUACCAUUCGUACAAUACUCAAGAACAAGGAUAAGAUCAUGGAACAUGUAAAAAGUUCAGUCACUAUAAAGUCUACAAUUAUUAGUAAGAAACGUGGAAAAGUGAUAGAAGAACUUGAAAAACUUCUGAGCAUUUGGAUGGAGGAUUGUCAUCAGAAGAGCAAGCUGCUGAAAACAUACCGUACGCCCUACUACGGACAUAUGAAUAAACGUACUUAUGAACAGCCUACUGGAACGGAACCUUUAACUUUUUCACCACAAUACUUUGUCACAAUGCUUUAUGACCUUUGAUGUAUCCAUAUAUUUUGAAUAUGUUACUGGUGACCUUAGAUGAUGCAGCAGGAGUUUUUCAGUGAAUUGAAAUAAAUUUUAUUAUACACUUCUUUUCUCUCUUUUUACUUUUUUUCUUUUUUCAUUUAUUUUCAUUGUAAGUGAAAGCUCAGUAUGAAGAAUUAUUUACCCUGACUUACCCAUAGCCUUUAUCAAGGGAGAAUUUAUUAUGAGGUCUUUUUUUUUAUUCUAUUAUUAUUAUUGUCAUCAUUGUGAUCAUUAUUAUUAUUAUUAAUUUUAUUAUCAGUAAUAUUAUUUUUAUUAUUAUCAAACAUGCCAAAGGUAAUUUCAUUGUGACAAGACAAAAUCAUGAAAUGUACCAUGCCCACUAGUAAUUUACUUGGUUAAUUGUAUGUACUUAUAUAGCUCUACAAGUUCUUAUUUUUGCCUGUUAACCCUUUUCUUUGAUGUUUGGAAAUAUAUGUUUUGAUUUGCAUAA